AAAUGGUCAAAAUAGGCAUCAACGGGUAGGUUGUUAGAGAGGAGUAACAGCGAACAACGCAUAUUUCCCGUCUGUUUUCAGAUUUGGUCAGUAUCUUCGCUCUGUAUGGUGUUAAAUAGCGUGUUUCUGACGAACAAUCGCGUUUACAAGUCGUAUGGGUCGUAUCUGUAUGCGUCAUGCGGUCCUGUACCAGGACAUCGAAGUCGUUGCCAUCAACGACUCCAUGUUAAAGGUGGAUGAUAUGGUAACCAAGUUCAGGUCUAUCCCCGUUCACGGUAACUUCAAGAGAGAUGUUCGUGCGGGUAAAGAUGGCAAGCUCUACAUCAACAACAAGCCCAUCCAUGUAUUCAGUAAAGUAAAGUCAGAGGACAUCAACUGGGGAUCGGUUGGUGCUGACCAUGCCAUCGAGUCGAGUGGGUCUUUCACCACGAGAGCCAAGGCAGCCGCCCAUUUAAUGGGUGGUGCCAAAAAAGUCAUCAUUACUGCAAUAUCUAAUGUGCCCAUGUUUGUCUGUAGCGUCAACAUCGAUGCGUACAAACCCGAGUACACCGUCAUUUCUAGCGCCUCGAGCACUAUCAAUUGCAUUGCCCCUAUCGUAAAGGUCGUUCACGAUAAAUUUGGCAUCGAAGAAGUCUUCAUGUCCAGUAUUCGUGCGGCCGACGUCACUGAUAAUAAAUCCGUCGCUAACAAUAUCAUCCCAACCUACACUGAAGCGGCGGAGGUUGUCAGAAUGAUAGUCCUCUCGUUGGAUGACAAGUUCACUGAUCUUGAAUUUCGUAUUCCAGUUGUAAAUGCGUCCGUCAUUGACCUUGUCGUGAAGCUCAAACGCACUACAACUUACCAUGCUAUUACGGCUGCCAUGAAGGAAGCCGAAGAGGGUCCGCUCAAGGGCGUCUUGUCUGUCUCUGAUAAUGUUCUCGCGUCUACAAACUUGCUUGAGCGUACCGAGUCGGCCGUCUACUAUCCUGAGCUUCAGUUCACGGUCCUUGACCGUUCCUUCAAGUUGGUUGCAUACUAUGCCAAUGACUGGGCAUACUUGAAACGCGUCUGCGAUUUACUUGCGUAUGUGGCCAAGAAGGAUGCGGAAAGGUGAGUGCCAUUGGAAAGGUUAUUUUACAAGCUCAAAUAUUUUUACUUGUAUGUGUGUAGUUCUAUCAGUAAUGUGAACACGCAGAGUCGCUCUUGUUGAUAUGGGCGUGUUG